GGCGACACCGUCGUAGCGGCCUGGCGGAGCCUAGCGGGAAGGGGCGGGGCCUAGCGGGAAGGGCGGGGCCUAGGGCCGACCCGCGGGCGGCGGUCACCGGAGUCGGUGGGCUGGCUGCAGGACGGAGAGGCUGACAGCGGUGACGGCGGGGCGGCGCCUUGCCUGCCGCCAUGACAGAUCAGACUUACUGUGACCGCCUGGUGCAGGACACACCAUUCCUGACAGGCAAGGGGCGCCUCAGCGAGCAGCAGGUGGACAGAAUCGUCCUUCAGCUGAACCGCUACUACCCACAGGUCCUCACCAACCAGGAGGCUGAAAAGUUCCGGAAUCCCAAGGCAUCACUGCGCGUGCGGCUCUGUGACCUCCUGAGCCACCUGCAGCAGAGUGGUGAGCGACACUGCCAGGAGUUCUACCGAGCCCUGUACAUCCAUGCCCAGCCGCUGCACAGCCACCUGCCCAGCCGCCACCCCCUGCAAAACUCAGAUUGUACAGAGCUCGACUGGGGCAGCGAGAGCCACGGGCUGAGUGACAGGGGAACCAUGAGCUUCUUGGCAGGCCUCGGCCUGGCCACUGGCCUUGCCCUGCUGCUCUACUGCUGCCCUCCAGACCCCAAGGUGCUGCCCGGGACCAGACGCAUCCUGGGCUUCUCAGCCAUCAUCGUUGAUAGGCACGUCAGCCGUUACCUCUUGGCCUUCCUAGCAGAUGAUCUCAGAGGGCUAUGAUGGAGCCACAUGCUGGGCCUUACUGACUGCACAACCAAAGAGCCGCCCCUCUCCCCGUCCGAUGCCCACUGCAGGGCCAGCACCACUUUUUCUAACUGUUUCCUUUUCAUUAUUUAUAAUUUCUCUGCAAGGCACAACACCUUCACCCUACAAGGUGCUUGAUGAUAAUAAAAGCUGAGUUCUUUU